UCACACCUCCAAGUAAACAUGUGCAGAAUCAUCUGUACUGGUCGUGGCUUUGCUAUUGUGCUGGGAAAGUUUUUCUCCUUUCCAUACAUCCACAUAUUUUCACAGCUAAUCUAGAAAAUAAAGUAGACAUCAGCAGUCACAUGUUAGAUUGUACUUCUCUUAAGGUUUUGUAAACAAGUAAUUUCUUCUUUUAGUGUUGAUUGUAAUAUAGUCACCUGAAUACUGCAUUACAGUUUGUGAUUUGAAGAGACUAAAAACAGACGUGCAUUAUAUGGCCCAAAGGACACCCCAAUUAAUUAGAGAAAUUGCUUAAUUAAGCCACACCCAUCAGAUACGGAGGUGUAAUUAAGCACACAGUUAUGCAUUCUCCUGCAACAAACAUUAUCAGCAGAAUGGGUGGCUGUACAGGUAGGUUAGUGGCUUCCCACUUGGCCUCAUCGUAGGGCACCAUCUUUGCAACAAGUCAGUUCCCCAAAUUUCUGUCCUGCUAGAGCCGCCCUGGUCAAACGCAAGUGAAGUGACUGUGAAGUGGAAACAUCUGGGAGCGAGAUCAGCUGCAAAGUGGUCCCGAAGCUGCAGUACCAACAGUGAACUCCAGGGGGCAAACAGGCGCAACAUGGAGGGGAGAAAGCUGGAGGAGUGCCGCCUGGGCAGCUUCAAAGGCCCGGAGAUGAGUGGCCCUCUGCCCAGCAAGACGAGCCCCACGCCUCCAGCCCCCGGCAAGGUCACCCUGCUGGUGGACGGCAUUUGUUUUGUUGUGGACCCUGCGGUUUUUACAGCCCACCCUGACACCCUGCUGGGCAGGAUGUUUGGUGCAGACCGGCAGCGCGGCUUCCUGCAGCCCAAUGAGGAGGGUGAGUACGAGCUGGCCGAGGGCAUCAGUGCCGCAGUCUUCGCAGUCGUGCUGGAUUUCUACCAGACGGGGGUGCUGCACUGCCCUGACGGCGUGUCGGUGGGUGAGCUGCGAGAGGCCUGCGACUACCUCCGCAUCGCCUUCAACCACAGCACCAUCAGGUGCCGUGACCUCAGCGCCUUGCUGCAUGAGCUGUCCAACGAUGGCGCUCGGCGGCAGUUUGAGGCUUUCCUGGAGGAACUGCUGGUGCCCGCCAUGGUAUCCAGCGCACAGGAGGGCGAGCGCGAGUGCCACAUUGUGGUACUGACUGACGAGGACACAGUGGACUGGGACACGGAGCACCCGCCUCCAAUGGGCGAGGAGUAUUCUCAGAUUCUGUAUAGCACCAAGCUGUACCGUUUCUUCAAGUACAUUGAGAACCGGGAUGUGGCCAAAGCUCUGCUGAAGGAGCGAGGCUUAAAGAACAUUCGCAUCGGGAUCGAGGGGUACCCCACCUGCAAGGAGAAGGUGAGGAGGCGCCCUGGAGGCCGGGCCGAGGUCAUCUACAACUACGUGCAGCGGCCGUUCAUCCAGCUGUCCUGGGAGAAGGAAGAGGGCAAGAGUCGGCAUGUGGACUUCCAGUGCGUGCGCAGCAAGAGCGUGCCAGACCUGGCUGCUGCGGGGGAGGGUGCGACCAGGUCCGGAACAUCCGCCAGCCCGCAGGUGGACGAGCUGGACCGCCUGAACGGGCCCAGCCACCGUCUUGCCCUCCUCUCUAUGUGGACACCCAGCGAGAGCUGAGGAACGAUCAUUUCCUCUAGCCUGCGCCCUCAUCAAGUGUUCCCACGGCAACCACAAGCUAAGUUCCGCUGGGUUUCUCUCCUGGCGCCCUCUGCUGGGUGACCGCGGACCACAGCCCUGAAGGAUGCACCAGAGGCAUGGCUUUGCCACUGAGGAUGGUGAGAGAGACGCCCCCCCCCUCCACUGGGGUACUCUACACACAUUCCAUUGGCUUGCGUGACAUUUGACCUUUUAAAGGGCUGGAUGUUAGGCAUCCAUUUUUUAUUUAUAAGGAAGACAUGCAGGUUUUGUUGUCCUUCAUUUUUUGGGAUGGGAACUUUCCAGCACUGCUGAAAGUAAGACGUUAUGGGGAAUACUAUGGUAACCGACGAGGUGAAUCACAUGACCUGAUUCAGCAUGUUAAAGUCUUGAGCAUAGCAGGAGUCUGAGAGGGGUUAUAGUUUAAGAGGUGGGGUUUUGUGCUGGGAAUGGCAAUGGUACCAUUAUGCUGAAGAGGGGCUUUUGCUUUCAAGCAGAGAGGUGUUAUGUUUGAAAGGUGCUCCUAUAACUCGUUGCACAUUCUAAUCUUUAUGGGCUUGAGUCACUGUGUGAGAGUAGCGUGUGAAAGAGAGAGCUAGAUAUGGUAUCAGGUGUGUGUGAGAGAAGCAGACAGUCUUGGCGUGAACCUGAGUGUGUAUGUGGGAGAGGAACAAGUUACAGGGAUCAGUGUGUGUGCGCAUGUGUGUCUGCGCGUGCGUGUGUGUGUGUGCGCGUGUGUGUGUGUCUGUGCGCGCGUGUGCACGCAUGUACACAUGGUCACAUAUGUGUGUUCUGGUGGUAGAGUGCAUCUAGCUGUAUCUGUGAGCUGGUCUGAAACACCUUAAUGCACCCUGCAUGAACAGCUAGUCAUGUUUAGCUUAAUGUUCAAUUCACCAUUUUUGUCACGGCUGCAUAAAUCUCUAAAAGUUUGCAUUUUCAUAAAAUGUACAGCCAGCUGUUUCUCUGGUCCUUUCUUUUAAAAGUUUGUGUGAUCUGAACAUUUUUCUUUAUAAAUCAUAGAGAACAUUUUUUAUAUGCAUAUCCUACAUGUUUAUACGUCGUGCUUAUCAAUGUGAAAACACUGCAUCUUUGAGAAAAUUGUGAUUUAAAAGUUUGAUGAAAUAAAAGAUUUUGGCAAGUCCCAUAA